CGGACGCGUGGCUUCUCUCGCUCUUGCCAUGGGUUUCGCUCCUGCGGCGGCGGCGGACACAGAAGCGGCGACGCCGGCAUUCGGGGUGCUCCACGAAACUGCGGCGGCAGCAGCGCAGCUUUCAGAGAGUCGAGCCGAGUUGUAGUGUGUGCGUGUGUGUGCAACGAACGGCACGACUUUGGAUUUCUCGGCCAUGUUGGCGUGGUACGGACGCGCGGAGACGGGCGGCGUGGACGGCGUAGGGGCCCAGUACGCCAGCUCCCCCCAGGUUCCCUGGAGGGGCAUGGCUGAUCCAGCUGCCUACCCGGGUUGUGUCGGGCAGAGCAUGAACUUUGCAGAACACCCCUAUGAAGGUCGAGGGCCCGGUCACUGUCAAAGCGGCAGUGGGGGCUACCCAUAUCCGGGACAGUACCGGCCUCACCCGAGCUCUCCGCCAGCUUCUUAUGGUCCACCGCCGGGCCAGCACUGCGGCGGCAAUUACGGCAAUGGCCCCAUGCCAAGCAGUCCCGGACCCUACCCACGGCAGCCGUACCCUGGGGCCGUGCCCGAGAUGCGGUACGGUCCCCGUCACUCGGCCCCACCAGCAUAUCCGGGCUCCCCAGCACCACUCUCAAAGCCGCCAGGCGCCUGGGACCAUGGCAUGGGCGGCGGCGGGAACUACGGCACAAGGCCCGUCAUGAUGCAGAGUCCACCGCAAAUCCGCUCGCCCGUCAGCAGUGCACCGACAAUGCACACGAUGGGAAACUACCGCACGGUGGUGCCUCCAGGGCCUGCCGGCCCUCCCAUGGCCGUGGCACCGCCCCCACCGCCUCACGGGAACGUGCCAGUACCGCAGAGCCAGUCGCCAUCAUGGUCCCAAUCGCCCCGGACAACCCCUUCUCCGCUUGCUUGCCACGCGCGAUCGCCCGCACCAUCGCAGCAGCCACCAUUCUCCCCGCCCACACCCGCCCCCACCCCGCAGCUCCAGAAACCUCCAUCUCCCAUAACAGGCUCCCACGAUCCCCUCCAGUCGCUUGAGAAGAUGGUUCUUCUGGACCCCCACAAUAGCAGCAGCGGAAGCGCGAGCUAUGGUGGCAUGCAGGAGUCGUCCGGCUAUGGAUCCACUUCUGGUGGUGGCACUGAGAGUGGACCCAGCUCGCCGUACCCGACGUACUACAACCUCGACCAGAACCGGAUGUGCACUCCUCCGGACCCAGGCCCACCUUAUGGCAUUGCGAACUUUGCUGCCACGGGUGCCUACCGUACGGUGCUGCCCAACAUGGACAACAACCCAGCCCUGCGGGGUGAAAGGACCGGUAGUGGUGGCAUUUCUGUUCCGUCUUCUGGUGUGUAUGCUCAGCCUGUUGUGAAUGGUGUGAAUGACAGUGAUUUUGGGUCGGGCAGUAGGCCUAUGGCGGGUCCCCCGCCAAGGUCUGGUGAAUUUGAACGGCCUUAUGCCAGCGCAGGACCAAGGGGAGGAUCACCGCCCAGCGAUGACCCGAUAAAGCGGCGACGUAGUUUAGACAGUACGCUGUGCAAUCGGCCUUCCAGUGUCGGGGGCCCCGGGCCAUCGGCAGUGCCGUCUGGUUCGGGUGCCAUGGAUGGCGGGGGCAAGCUCAGGCGGCGCAGUGUCGCAGGUGUUCCCGACGGAAUGAACGCGUCGCCGGUGCCCCUGACAGCUAUGCCGACGGAACAAUCACCAGCACAGAGGGUGAAAACGGAACCGGAGGUUAGCGUGUCGGAACCAGAGCGUGUGUCAGUGAGUGGUGCGGGGAGUGUUAGUGGUACUGCUACUACAACUGCGGCUGUUGCUGCUACGGCGAUGGCAAGUGCCACCUCUGCGGCUUCCGCUACCACUCGACAACAGCAGUCGCCAACAAAGCGCAAGAGGGGACGACCCUUUGGCGCGAAAAACAAGGCCAAGGAUUCGGGAGCCGUGGUAAAGCGGAGGCAGCGCAAGGGGGGGCCGGUAGCGCACUCGGUGGUUGCAGCGACACCCACCGCCAUGAUGGUCACUGCAGCAACAACGACGAAGGUUCGCACGCCGACGACGGGACCGUAUGUUCGCGUGCUUGGGACGCGUGAGCGGCCGCUGUCAUCACACAUCGUCAACAUGACUCCACGCACUGUGCCAGAGGACGAGAGCAAGCGGAAAAAGGUCAGUGCCCCCACAGCCCGUGUGGGACCGCACCAUGCAACGGGUCGUCGGCUCGCCGGAUCGGCGGCGCACACAAGCACGUUGUCACCGCACUACGAUGCUGUGACGCGGGACCCUACGUGGUUGUGCGCGUUUUGCCUGAAGGGCAGCCAUCACCAAGGGCUAGGUGAUCUGUAUGGGCCGUACCCGGGCACAGUGGUGCGGCCGGCCGAGCCGGAACCGACGAGCAGCCAGGAAGAGACGCUGCUACGCAGGGGCAGGGCUACCAAACGGAAAAAGAGCGACUCGUUCUCUGGCACGGAGGAUGGCACCACACCGCGACGAGGCAGCCGGCAGCAGAGGUUAAGUGAAGCUGAGCGAGAACCAGAGGUGUGCAAGGAACUGUGGGUGCACGAGGCAUGUGCAACAUGGUCUCAAGGUGUGUACCUUGGCGGGAACCGGGUGCACGGGUUGCAAGAAGCCGUAGCUGAAGCCGCUCAUCUGGUGUGCUGCAAGUGCAAGCUCGUCGGUGCUUCUCUGGGCUGUCUCAGCCGGGGCUGCAGCGAAAAAUACCACUACCUCUGUGCCGUCGAAAAGGGUUGUCAGUUGGACACGGAGAACUUCUCCAUUCUGUGCCCCAAACACAAGAAACCAAGUGCACGACCCUCCUAAGCUGUCAUCGCCAGAACGAAAAAACGUACCCUUUUGGCGGGAGAUCUUAGACACACGAAGGGCAGCGAGGCCCCUCCCUGGACAUGCAUUUUUGCUCCGAGCAGUUUUCCAGAGCCUGGUUUACAAAGGCGCGGGCACCACUACCAUUUCUGAGACCAUUUCUGGGGCUCGGCUCGGCAAAAGCCUCCUAUCGGAGACCCCUUCCGUGAUUCUAGUUUGGUUAUCGUGGGGUGUCACCGGGGUGGCAUUGCGCGGUUGCCCCUUAACAAGGCCAUUGUUCGUAAUCUGCUCAGACUCGUUCUAUUCUUCUUCUUUGCUCCCUUUAUAUGGUGGUGCUUCCGAAAUGGUUUCUCUCUUUGUGUAAUUGGUAGCGAAAGUGCAGCAUGGUACACUUCUAAAGGAAACAUCUGUGUGCUUUUCUAAUGAAAUUCGAUGGUGUCGCAACACCACUGAAUUUGUUCAGCAGCUCGGUAAGCUUAUUUGGGCAUGAAAAUUAAUUACGAAGCUACACUGUGGAUGUUGUAUGUGCUGAAAAUGUUUUAAAUGCUAAUUAGGCAUUUCUUUUUAGAAGGCUGUACUGCACUGCAUGGCUGGCCACUAAUUAAGUCCGUGGGACGUGCUCACUACAACGCUCGCGAAACUGUACCUUUUUAAAAGCGCACCGCUUCUAAAUGAUUGAAUCGAUGCACAGCCAGUGAGAACGGCACACGUUUCAUUUCACUGACUCUGUCGCAAAUAUCUAUGUCCCGCAGAAUUUCUUCUUGGCCGCCUUGUGUAAAACGUGGGCAGUUGAAAAAACAAAAACGAACCCUGAUUUUUGUGUCAACGUGCGAGACUAGCAGCCUGAUCCGUGCGAGUGGAAAAGUCCACCAAAUGUUGUGUCGUUGUGAGAGUGCGUCGUUGCAAUUGUGUUAGUUUUUCUGCGUUACUUGAGUGUCGGUUGUCGCGUGAGCUUUACGGAGCACGUCCACGAAUCGAAAUAGUACCGGCGGUGCAUGUGUGAGACGAGCCUAGAUUUUGUUUUCUUAGGGCGGUUCUUUUUGGGUGGCGCGGCUGGGUAGAAUACUCCUUCAGUGCCCUGUAAAUAUUACUGUGCAGAUUUUUUAGGUAGGUUGUUUUUGUUAACUACUGUGAUCGUUGAACGUUGUGAGCGACGGACGGCGGUCUUGUGGGGCAGUGCGUUAGCACAGGUCUUUUUUUUUUUUUUUCAAUGUGCAGAAAGUUUCAUGUCUUCCUUAUGUUCAUGUGUACUUCAAAAGCAUGCAUAUAUAUAUAUAUACAUAGAUUGUUUUUACUUUAGUUAUGAUUUGUUAGAAAGUCGCCUCCGAAGCAGUGGUGGUGUGAAGCUGUGUUGACACAUCAAUGAACUUCUCUUUUUGGCAACCUCCAUCAAACGUUUUAAUAAAUUACUAAGCGGGUGUCCUGCAAGCUAAUUGCGACUGCAUUUUCUAACAUUGCAAUCGCAAUGUAUAGAAUUGAGGUAUACAGCAUUUUGUUAUGUUUUGUCAGCAUAGGCAGUGCGGUAUUUUUUAUUCAGUGUCACUUUUUGCUGUUUGUGCAUGUAUUGACAAAGUGCAUAGCUGUGCUGCUAUUUUUUUUUUUCAAUGAAUUUGUUGCAGCUUAUAAAUUUUUUUUGUUGUUGUUGUCAAUGCAAGUAAAUGCAUGUAGAAUCAAUGCCAUGUCUUUUCAAAGUAUGUAACCCUGCAAAGUUCACUUAGGGCACCUCUCGUGGAUUUCAGUGUAGUACCUUCACAGUAAAUGUGUGGUUCAAUCCACCAUCUUUGGGAAUACGGUUAAGAUUGAGCCUUUGCAGAAGAAAAAUGUUGCAAGAGUGGAAUGGUGCCAAAAGUCCUUGCCUCUGUUGACGCAAAUAGUGGAACAUUUUUUGAAACUUUGAUAUCUCAGCUACGGUGGAAGCCGUGUUGUCUACAUAGAAGUUUUUAUUAGUCGUACGAUUCACGUGCGUCUCCUAUGUCCAUGUGUGUCACCCGGUGUGCAAAACAAUUUUUGGGCUUAUACCGUACCACGGAGUGCUGUUCCGCACAGAAUAGUCUGGCUUUGCUCUACCGGCCUUGCAGUGCUGGGGUCCCCGACGUAUUUUAAGGUGGUCGAUCGGGGAGGACUGAUUCGAAAUAGUAUUCCGUGAUACUGUACAGUCCCCUUGUCCCUUUUACGCCGCUGCCCCAACUACAAUGUGCGGACUUUAUCGGAAGUACACAAGCCAAACAGCAUCUGUGUUCACGGUCUUGCGGUCACGGUCGUUUCUUGGGGUCCUUGUAAUAGUUUAGCAUCAGUCGGAACUGAAGAGCUUAAAAGAGCACAGAGAAGCUACAGUGGUUCGUGUACUUUUGGAAGAGGCUGCACCCUCUGAUCUAGAUUUGCAAAGUGAGACUAGCGUAACAGGCUACGUUCUGCUCAUGGCGGGGUGUGUGGUCGAUGGUGCUCACUCGUAUGGUAACCCAUCACCGGUUUCUGAAAUUGCGUUUUUGUGGCAGCCUGUGCGCUGUCUUGGGAAGUUUACAGCCGUCAGUUGAUUAUUAUUUGUGCCCUGGUUCCUCCACAGGGCUUUUGUAGGCUGGCAGAAGCCAACGCGUUUGAAAAAAAAAAAGUAUACGACAUUUUUUUAGUUAAAAAAAUGUUGUAUUCGUUGGGGAUUUAUGUAUCGUGGUCGUCGGGAGUUUCUAGAUCUGAAAGGAUGACAGACGGAACCACUUUUGCUGAAACGAACUGCCCGGGGCUUCCGCUCUUUUUUCUUUUUUUUUUAAAUCUUGCGAGACGAAAGAUCAUUAUUCCCUCUGUCGUGGUCAGUGUUGUCGUGAUAGCCUUUCACGUUUUUUUCUUUCAUUCUUUCUUUUUCGGAGUGUGUGUUUUUAGAGAUGUGAAAACUUCUUUUUGAAGUCUGUAUUAUGGAUGACUGAAGAUGAGUGUUUUGUUUGGUUCGAGAAAGAGAGAGACUGUGCCAUUGCUGAUAGUGACCUAUGUACGUAUGUGUGUGUGUGUACUGUAUUUGUCGCUCUUUCUGAAUUCCUCUUCACCCACUUCUUGGAUGCCCUCUUCGGUCAGCGUUAGCUCUACCAUGGAGUCCGUACUUGCAGCCACCAUUCAAUGUGUCUUUUUCUUUUUUUUUCGUGUGCAACACUGUCGAUGUACAUAGUUUUGCUUGCUCCGAGGAGAACAAAGCGUGAGAAAUAUAAAGAAGAAAAAGUGGUGGCAAGCUGUGAUGUAAUAAAACUGAGAUGAAGCUUGUCCAAAA